AUGUCGCCGCCUUGCCAUCCGUUCCCCGCAUCCGAGCUUCCCACCAAGGUGCAGGAGGACGCUCGUGGCAGGCGCCGCAAGGUCGAGGGGAACAGCCGCCAGAUAGAAUUGUCUGGCUGUAAGCUCUUUGGGAUGCUGCAGUACAACUGCGAGGUCGAGAGGCCGCUGACGCGAGAGAGCGCCGUGCAGUGUUUUGCUGUUGAGCGGCUAUUUCGAAAAGAUAAAAAGGGAACCUUCACAGUCGAGACUACUGCGUUUGAAGGGGGAGGUGCCCAGCCGGACGGCGUUGGUAGUGAAAAUCACACAUCCGAGGUAUCAACGCCUGCUCAGUGGUCGAGUCACUGGCAUCCUCCGCAAUCGUCAUCACCAUCACAAUAA